AUGGAACCACUACUAGGAGUAAAAAUUGGCUGCCUGUUUGCUCUGCUGGCUCUCACUUUAGGCAGCGGCCUUGUUCCCAUCCGCUUCAAAUGGUUCCGGAUUGAUGCAGCCACAGGUCGACACCGCCAAGUCCUCAGCCUCUUGGGCUGCACUUCUGCUGGUAUUUUCCUGGGAGCAGGGUUCAUGCACAUGACCACUGAAGCCCUGGAGGAAAUUGAAUCAGAGUUGCAGAAGCUUAUGGCGCAGGUGAGCAGCAGAGAUGCUGAGCUAUAGGGCCCUGAGGCCAAAAGGAUAAACAGAACCAAGGAAAGAAAGGUGGGGAACUGAUGGAGCAAAGGACAUGGGUGGAAGGACAGAAGGCAACAGCUUCCUGUGGAAUGGUGAAAGCAGGUCAGAUUGGGCUUUAAGGAAAGUGGUAUUGCUAAAAAGACAGGAAGCUGAGCUGUUCCAU